AUGGCUCUGUAUCACAACGCACCAAUGGCUCACGCCCAAGAACCUACAGCAGCUCCCAUAGAGCACCGAUUCAAUCCCUACUCCGAUAACGGUGGAUCCAUUCUUGCUAUCGCUGGUAAAGAUUUUAGUGUGAUUGCUGGUGAUACCAGACAGUCAGAGGGUUAUAACAUCCAGACUAGAUAUGCUAGGAAAGUAUGGCAACUCACCGAUAAAGCUGUAUUGGCUACCAACGGAUUCGCAGCGGAUGGAAAUAACUUCGUCAAGAGGGUCAAACAAAGAUUGGAGUGGUACGAACAUGCCCAUCAUAAACCAAUGGGUCUGAAGUCAAUUGCAAGGAUGAUCCAGACCAUGUUGUAUGGAAAGAGGUUCUUCCCUUAUUACGUUUACAAUAUCCUUGGUGGGAUUGAGGAGGACGGCUCAGGAGCGGUCUAUUCUUUCGAUCCCGUCGGCUCCUACGAGCGAGAAGCAUGCCGAGCAGCCGGUGCCGCCCAAUCCCUUAUUCAACCUUUCCUCGAUAACCAAAUCUACUUCAAAAAUCAACAGCCCGAACCUGGAUCUCAACCAUUCAUCCCUGGUAAUCUCCCUUUGGCUACUGUGUUGUCGCUCGUAGUGGACAGUUUCACCAGUGCAACAGAGAGACACAUCGAAGUUGGAGAUGGGAUGGAAAUUUACAUAGUGAUGAAUAAAGGUCGAACCACGGAUGAUCUUUUAGGUGAAGGGAAAUUACAAAAGGGAAUGCAGAUUGAGGAAUUGGGUGCGUUAGGUGAAGGAUCGGGGGAGAGAACUUUCUUAGUUAGACAGGCUUUGAAGAGAGAUUAA